GGAGAGUUGGUUGGUGUUCGAGUAGCAGGCUGCCUUCUGUUUUAUUUUGUUUUUCCCCAUGCUCCAUCCAGGUACAGUUUACUGGCGGCUUGGAACUUGCCUUGCCCGCGGCGUUGACUCGGCAAGGCCGUUCCCCCUCAACAAUAAUAGAGUUCGCCUUCCUCAUCGUUCAAUAAGGACAGGGAGUGGGUUCAUGACAUGCAGAAUGAAAGGAUUACCUCGACGACGAGGCUGUGUUCGUGCGUUCGCCGGUGGAUUAGCUGACACUGUCAAAUAACCGAGGCCUGCUGCGGUCUUGUCCGAUCUCGGCCCUGGUGCAGCUGCUGCCGGGCCAAGGACUUGUUGCCGUAGCUUUCUGGCUAAUGAAAGGCGGGUGGUCCGCGGCAGCAGCAGCAGAAGCCGAAGGCGAAGAAGAUGGCUUCCUGUCCUGACCUUCUCAACGUGCUGCCGGAUUCCCUCGUUGUGAAGAUCCUUGGCGAAGCAGUCCAUCAUGCGAAGGCGCUAGUCCGAUGUGCAACCGUUUGCAAGCGGUUUUCGCGCCUUGUCUGGCAGGUGCCUAGCCUGUCGUUGGUAUCGUUUGGUCAAGUGAGGGGUGCGCCAUGGCCGCAGUCAGAUCGGUCGGAUGAGAGAAUAUAUUGCACGGGAGCGGAGUUCUUUGAGAUUGUUGAUCAGGCCGUAUGCCGAAUGGUGGACUUGAGGAGUCUGCGAGUAGAAUGCAACACAUGUUACUACUGCAAGAGUGGGUUUAGCAUAGAGGCAAUUGAGUCAUGGCUGAUCCACGGUGGUGCGACCUUGGAAAGCCUGACCUUAAAUACAAAAGGCGGACGGUUCUGGUUGAACAAGGAGAGCAGAGGGCCUUUGCUGGCCUUGGUACAUAGGUACUGCCCUCGCCUCGAGGAACUGGAGGUUGGCGCAAUGAGUGAGGUUUUCUGGGAUGCCAUGUCAAUCCUUCCUUAUCCGUGGACCAGUUUGCGGCGGCUUGUGCUCGGAGGACUGGAGCUCAGCGGUCUCCAGACCCUCCUUGGCUUUUGUCCCUUUUUGGAAGAGCUUGUUUUGUACAACUGCUCGGGCACCGAGAACAAGGCGGAGUUCCGAGGGCUGAAGAGCUUGCGGCAGCUGAAGCUGACUGUGCAGUCGAAUUAUGAUCGUGUUGCUGUGUUGUCGGUAGUUGUGAAGGUGCCUUGCCUGUCGAAACUCACGGUAGUAGGGGGUGGAGUUGAGUCGGUGAUGUUAGAGGGUGCGCAUGACUUGGAUAGCCUAGAGUUGGAGGUUAGUGAACCACGGGUGGGAGGCGUUGGGAAUCAAGACCUUCCGUCCUUGAUGAUUACCAGCGACACGCGGGUGCGGAAGCUGAAGGUUCGCAGUGGAUCCGCACGCUUUGGGUGGACAUGGCAUACCCUCCGUGGCCUUCUCGACCGGCCGCCGAUGUCCAGUCUCGACACGCUCGCGCUGUUGAAUGUCAUGCUCUGCAAGUGUGGGCCCGCAUUUCCUGCAGACCCCUCUAUGUCUGGCAAUGACGUAGAUUACACUGAUGUUGGCACGGUCAAUCAUGUCUACAGCAACAUGGCAGCUGUUCAUCCGAGCGAGCUGUGCGCCUGCCUCUGCUUUGGCCAUCUGCGCCACCUGGAGAUAUGGGCUUUCCCUUUGCUGAGUCUCGCCAUGGGGAUCAGGGAAUCGACAUGUGCUCGCGCGGAGGAGGGAGGUGGAUGCGCCAAAGCCGAGGGGAUGGUCGUCAAGCAGAGCUCUAGCAAUUCGCUGAUGCGCAGUAGUGGGUCCUUUCAACUGCAUGCUCCAUACUUGGAAAGCCUGAAGAUUCGCGGACUGAUCAUGCAACUUCUCUGCGCGGCAGAGCAGCUGGAUGUGAUGCUCCUUGCCUUCAUGGAGAAUUGCCCGAUGCUGAAGAACGUGCGUGUUGAGGCCACGUGCAUUGGACCAUGGCAAGGGAACCGGAAGAUGUACCAGGCGCUUGUCGAGAAGCUCGGUUAUUUGCAGAAUAGAUUUGGCGCUGUUUUCCAGGUGAGGCGCAUCGUGUCUCUCGACAAUGUAAUUAAGCCGGCGCCCCAGCCAGCAGUCACACCCUGCAGCCGUUGUCUUAGUAACAAGCCCUCCUCGACUUUGGUCCGCUAGCCAUCAAGAAACGGGGAGUGAUGUUUAUGCUGUGUGUUCCACAGUCUGUUUGGACUGACUAGGGUUUGCAGACCGCCAAAGCUACCGUCUUCACCCAAAUAGAACGCCAGGUCAUUAUCACUGCAUCUGGACUGCAAGUUGUGCCAAAGACAGCUAUAAUGAACGGGCGUUCUAUUCGGGUGAAGGCGGUAGGGUUUGCACGAUUGAUCAGAGGCCUGUGAAGGGUAACCCUUUGGCUUACAGGACAAAGAUUUUCAACAGCAACACUUUUUACGGGAAUAUUUGCUCCAGGAAGAAGAUCUAUGGCAGGAAGAUGUAGCGCACGAGGAUCUAUAACAGGACAUUUAUGACAGGAAGAUUUGCUGGACAGCGGGUUCAUGUAGGACAGGAGGACAGGCCACAGGAAGACUUGCUGCAGAUAUUUUACUCCAGGAAGGCUGGCCUCUCGAAGGUUUACGGCAGGAAGAGGGGCUGCAGGAAGAUUUGCUCAGAAAGUUUACUGCAGGAAGACUGGCUGCGGGAAGAUUUAUGGCAGGAAGAUCUACUGCAGGAAGAUUAACUGCAGGAAGAUUUACGACAGGAAGAUUUACGGCAGGAAGAUGGGCUGCGGGCCGACUGACUGCAUAAGAGUUGUGAAUUCUGGCUGCAGGAAAUUUCAGCGAAGGAAAAUGUACUGCAGGCAGUGCAGGGAAACUGCUGCAGGGAAAAUGUGUUUCAGAGAAAUUUACUGCAGGGAAAGUAAUUGCAGGCAGUGCAGGGACAUCAACUGCAGGAAGGUUUGCCGCUGGUGGCUGGUGGAAGAUACUCGGAUGGUGUUGAUUGUCAUGCUGUCAGGUAAACAUGUUUUUGUCUUCGCGGCCUCUUUGCAGCGUCCAUAUUCCAACAGCGUAGUGCUAGGGAAUUGAGUUGUGGUUGCGAUGAGGAACGCAGAGCAGAAUUCGUAUUUUGACUUGGGUUGCAGUGAUCAUGCUGCAAAGGCUGGAGAAUCUCUCAGGAACCAUGUUUUAUGCAUGCCCCUCAACUGUAUGCACUGUGCAGUGUUUGCCCAAUGAGCUGUGCAUGCGGCAUACUAGCCACAGUGUCAAUCCCCUCAGGAAAACAAAUCCAUCUUUUCACUCCUGCAAUUCUCUACCUGCUUCCCCUCCUCCUCCUCUUCUCCUUCUCCUCUCUCUCUUCUCUCUUUCUGCUUUCUUGCCGCCUCCUUUCUGCUCUCUUGCCGCUUCCUUCUACUUUCUUCCCUGUCCCUUCCCGUCGCUUCUCAUCCUGUGUCUCUCCCUUUCAGAGACCCGUUACUUUGCUGUCCUUCUCCCUGUGGGAUGCCCUUUCUGCUGCCUUUCCGUUCCCCUUCGUGUCCACCGUUCUGCUCCCUCUCUGUUCCCCUUUUCAUCACCCUUCCUGCAAUGCCUUACAUACCCUUAGGAGAAGAUUAUCGACUCUCUUGCAACUGUCGGGUGUGCCGCCUCUGUCAGUGCUGUGUAUUCGGCUGCUGUCUGGCCUGGGGUAACGUGUAGUGAGCUAUUUAGGAAUGGAGUGUUGGGAGGAAUGUAUGGUGGUGGAGAAACUGUGGAGAGAUGAGAAUCCUUCCUGCCUGAUGGAAGCUGUCCUUCCGUCUUCAUAACAACUGGAGCAAUCAACAAGAGGUGCUUAGUGCGGGGUUGUAAACCCACCGACUCUAUCAGGGUGAGUGAUGAUGUAAGAACACAGGCCUGAGUUUGAAUGGGGAUGAGGAGGGAAAAGUCCUGUUGUCCUUCUGCACGUUUGAAACUAACAUAGAAUCUCUGACUUUGCGUUCAAUAAGCCGUUGUGUUUUCCAACUCUGAUUCUUUUGACGACUCAUCGUUCGAACUGAGGUAAGUUCUGAGUUUGAAGGUGUCAAGUAACACAGCUAUAGCCCUGCUCAGCUAAGCAUUCUGCCAGCUUCCUCAGCGUUCUUUCUUUCUCUUUGUUUGUUACAAAACCCCCUCCUAUGGGUGGGCGAGCCGAAGGGCAUGCCUCGUCCACGUGGUGUCGCGGAACCUGUAGGCAUCGUUAGCAUCCACGUCGCAUCGCUUGUUAACCAGCAGUGAUGGUGAGACACGCGAGAGUAGACUCUUGUCGGAAGCAGUUGCUGUGUGGUUAUGCCAAGCUGCAUCUGAUUGUCUGUCUGACAAGGGCUCAGUAUCUCAGCAUCAAGGUUGUUGGGGUUAUCAGCAACUUGGCAGAGAAGGUGACGUGUAAGGUACCACCACGUAGGAGGGCCUCUCGUUUCCAGAAGUAACCCGGCAGGCCUGUGUUUUCCCCUCUCAGAGUGUCAAAAACUGAUACGGUACGAGGCCUUAUUAGGCUCGGUAAGUCAGGUCGGGAUAUCGGUAUGGUUUGAGGCGCCAAUCACAUCCAGAUGCUGCCGUCGACUCGAUUUUGUACAACCCUUCCCGUCAAAUCGACAGGUCGGUUCAGGUGGCCGUUGGCACUCUCUGCUUGUAUUGUAGAAGCCGAAGGUGUGUCCCGACUCCCUAGCACCCUGCAUGCGUGGUAGCUGUGUGUGAUUGUCUUUUCGAUGAAAGCUUGGCAUCAGGGCUGUAGGACCAAGAGAGCCAUUGGGAAACGUAUGUAUGGGUUCGAGUUUGCAAGGGGAGCGCCCAGGGAGGGGGCAAGGGGUGAAAGCUGCCAUGCAAUCUGUCGGGAGAGUUUCCCUCCCUCAGGGGGCGAUGCACCGCGGAAAAUGAGUCGUUCAUCCGAGUCCCUCUGAUUUCAGCAAGCUAUUGCAAUCUCUCAAGGAGUGUUUGAAACUUGAAUGUACUUCAGUUUAGUGUUUCUGUGUACUCAGGUUGAGCUCCAUUGUACUCGGAACUCUCGUAUUACUCGAAGGCGAGACUGACUGAAGUGCACGCUGCAGGUCUAACGGCUUUGAGUUCAAGGAUCUUGUGUCGCUUCCCAUUUGCUGAGAAGAAACCCAUCCUCAUCUGGUUGCCAGUCAGCAAGUCAAUUGAUCAAUCUUUGCGUCUCUCCCCUUGACCUGUCCACUUUCUACUCUGAUUGAUCACAAGUGGGCGAGCAAGGCGAAGUCGUUACUUAACUUGAUGUCAUGAAGGUACGUGUGUUUCCAUGGCGUCACAAGCCCAGAUGCAAAGCAGCGUGCAUGGUCCGUUUUGCCACCCAGUCCUUUCUCUUGCAAUGGAACCAUCUCCAGGGUGCCUCCUCUCAGUCAUCUUGCAUUUUUUGAAGUUGUGACCGGCAUCCAACAUUCAUAGAAUCCAUAAAUACUGAGAAUGACGAUCUGCAUGGGUACCUCGGCUUUGCUGUUCUGACGCAAAUGGCCCCUUAGCAUGCGUUGAAUCGGACCGCAACCCUCGGCCUCCCCCAACCCCACCCCCGCACCCACCACCACCAAACGAUCUCUACACCCACUAUCACCAAACAAUCUGUACUCAGCUGACAAACUGAACAGAGAAUGGAACAAUAAGGAUGUGCAAUCAAACUCUCGAGUCUCUAUGCAACUGACGAAUCAAACAGAAAAAGAAGAAUGAAAAGGACUUGCAAUCAGACUGCGGCAGACAGCGUGAGGAGCUAUCUUCCUAUCUUCUGGCAAGACUGCAAGGUGUGUGUAGUGGAUGGGACGUUUCAUCGGAAUCUGUGAAAGAUAGACGACGUAUGGAGGGGAGCGGAUGAAUUGUGGAGAAAGAGAGAGGGUAGGAAGCAGAGCGUCAUUGAGCAAUCAACAAGGCAUGCUGUGCGAAGAAAAUCCUCCCUUCAUGUCCAGGCAUCUUCGGUGAAUGCGUUGAACAGCUUGAAGCAGGGCGUCAUUGAGCGAUCACUGUCCUUCCGCAAUAGCCUAUUGAUUGCAUCUGUAUGCUGAAUUCGGCUUCGGCUUGGAUGGGUUGCAAAGGAUAUCAGAUGGCGCCGGCAGGCUAUACCGAUAUGUGGUUUUCGAGGGCGAAUGGGGAGAAUGCUGUGGAUUUCUGAGUAAGAAGUGGGAUUGAGCAGUGAAUUAUUCCACCGAUUGGCAAGAUACCGCCGCGUAAGAAACCAUGGGCGGUUGUCUCCGUUGAAUUUGCCGAGGGGUUCCUUGCACACUUGCAUUCGGGAAGUUUUGGCAGGGCGCGAAAUCCGGUUAGGCGGAAAGCUUGAGCAGUCUUCUGCAUUCUGGAGGAGGAAGGUUGGAUCGUAUCGUCCCCCCCAUGCUGCGAAAAAGAUUGCAAAUAAUAUGUUUGAGGCGUAGCAGCAGCGGACAUGUCUGGUCCUGUCCAGCAUCCAGUCCACAGAUCGCACAUCUGCCGGACAUGGGGGAUUAGAAAAAGGUGCCCUGUUGUUCACAUCGUGUUGGACACCUUUUGUGUGGAGAGGGGGGGCGGCGAGGCACCAUGAAGCGUUCUUCAUGCUUGUGGCUAGCAGGCGGCUUCGCUGCGUGAAGACUUUGUCUACUAGCCCCUACUAGCCCCUACUAGCCUCCUAGGGCACGAGUAAAGAACCCCGGCCACG